AUGGUAUUGAACCUCAAGCCUCUAAACCUGUUUGGUUCAAUCCCACCUUCAAUAGGAAAUCUCACUUACCUCACUGAAAUCCACCUGCAAAACAACAGCUUUCACGGUGAAAUUCCUCAAGAAAUGGGUCAUCUUCUGCAGCUGCAGCUUCUUAAUUUAUCUUACAAUUCCUUUGGUGAAACAAUUUUACUGGAACCAUUCCACCUUGGAUUGGAAACUUCACUUCUCUGGCCGCUCUUUCGUUUAGUGAAAACAAUUUUCAAAAGUAUACCUGAAGAUCUUGGCCACCUAACAGGCUUGGGGAGAUUCAUACUCACUCAAAAUAAUCUCUCUGGUGUUGUUCCCCCUUCAAUUUAUAAUAUUUCUUCCAUGUUCUAUUUAACAUUUACUGUGAACCAGCUGCAUGGAAAUUUACCACAAGACAUUGGCCUUGCUCUUUCUAAUCUCAAAGUAUUUGCCGGCGGAGUUAACAAACUCACAGGCCCUAUUCCAGUAUCACUGUCAAAUUGUUCUGCACUUGAGGUGCUUGAUUUUGCUCAAAAUGAUAUCAUUGGGACAGUUCCUGAUACACUAGGAAGAUUGAGAAAUGUGUAUAGGAUUAAUUUCGAGAACAACAGACUGGGACAUGGAAAUGCCAGUGACCUGAAUUUUUUCAGGUCUUUGCCUAAUUGUUCUGUUCUAGAGGUGUUGGGUAUGGGUAGCAAUUAUUUUGCUGGAGAACUGCCUACAUCCAUAGUUAACCUUUCAUCCUAUAUGCGUAUAUUUACUAUUUCUGGGAAUUUCAUACAUGGAAAUAUUCCAAAUGGGAUAGAGAACCUUGUUAACUUGAUCCUUCUAGGAUUGGGAAAUAACCAGUUAGGGGGCAGUGUCCCUGAAGCAAUAGGGAAGCUUCACAAGUUACAGGUAGUGUCCAUGGAUGGAAAUAAGUUUUCCGAUUCUAUUUCUCUUUCCUUGGGUAACUUAACUUCAUUGACCAUUCUCCUUAUGCAAGAGAACAUGUUUGAGGGAACCAUACCUCAUAGCCUCGGAAACUGCAAAAAUUUGAUGACCCCUAACCUUUCUAGUAAUAGUCUGAAUGGCACCAUUCCCAGAGAGGUCAUUGGCCUUUCUUCCCUUUCAAUUUCUCUGCCACUGUCUGAUAAUUUCCUGACCGGUGCCUUACCAUCUGAAGUGAGCCUCUUGAAAAAUCUUGGCGAGUUGGAUAUAUCAAGAAAACAAGUUAUCAGGUGA